CACGGUGCGGUUUGAAGAUGGACUGCGGACAGAGGGGAAAGGUGCAGCGAAAGGAAGUCCCCGGCUAGCGGGGCACGCCACUCGGUGUCUGCAGUUUGAAAUUAGCUGUCAUGGACCAUGGGCGAUAAGGAUCUGGAAAAAUUUCGGCAGCAGUGGCAGGACGAAAUCGCGGGCCGCGGCUGCACCGACAGGGGAAAGAGCACGGGCGUAAUUUGGGAGGAAAGAAGCAGUAAGAGGCGGCGCUGUAGGGACCCCGGGCCCGGUUACCACGGGGACAAGGAGAACCCGCAGCCUGGGCCGGAGCAGCCAGCGAGCCAGAGUCCCCCGCCCCCCAGUUACUUCUACCUAGCGGAGAGUUUGUUGGAGGGGCGAACCAGCCCUCUCAGGGACCGCAUCCAGAGGGAAGGACGCCAUGGAAGGGGGCUUCUGGCUGGUGACGGCAGAGGGUCGGGCAGGCCGGCAGAACACCGUGGCAGCCCCGCAGGCCGAAUCACACAAGCCUCGGCAGGCAUCGACAGCAGGAAGGAGAGCCUGCUAGAUCAGUUGAUCAGUGACUUAAAUGAAAUAAAUGAAAUUCCCUUUUUUGAUAUUGAUCUGCCAUAUGAGCUGGCACUGAGAAUUUUUGAAUAUCUUGGCAGAACUGAACUUGGAAGAUGUGCUCAGGUGAGUAAAACAUGGAAGGUUAUUGCUGAGGAUGAGGUACUUUGGUAUAAACACUGCUUGAAGGAAGGUUACCAGACCAAGGCGGAUAUUGGCGACUUCACAGGCUGGAAGUCCGUUUUGCGAGAUUCGCUGCAGAAGAAAAAGACAUUACGUACCAACUGGAAGAAUCGUAUUGGAGCUGCAAGCCAGUUACAGUAUGAUGUCGGAGGAAUAUUAUGUGAUGCACAUUCAUGCAAUGGAUUGGUAGUUUCUGGAUACACAUCAGGAGACGUGAGAAUGUGGGAUGUAAGCACCUGGGACAGCAGUGCCUUGUAUCUGGGAACGUCACGCAGCUCUGCAGAACUUGGACCACAGCCACACGUCUCCUUUGUGAGGAUAAAUAGCACCAUAGCAGUGGCGGCUUACAAGGCUGGUGCUGUUGAUGUAUGGAGCACGGUUCUUGCACGAGAGCCAAUACAUCAUUAUCAGCAUAGCCAGGACAUACAGGCUAUGGCUGUAGCAACAGAUAGUGCUGUAAUAGCAACUUCUUCGAGUUAUCAAGUAAGAUUAGAAUCCACUGAUGAGAAAGGAUACUGGCAAAAUGCAUGCCAAUUUGAACUUCAGAAACUGGUUAGUUAUCUACAGCUUGUUCCGGAUGCUCUGAGUACAGAUGGAAAUGAAACAUUACUAGCAGCAGCUGAAGAUACAGUUUAUUUACUCAGACCUGAUACAGAGCCAAAGGUGCUUCAUUCCAUCUAUGGAAAUACUGUGACCUGCUUGGAUGUAUCCACUAAUUGGGUUGCCUGUGGUGUCAGAAACUUUGGUUGGAUAAUGAGUGAAGGCAAUAAGGUACACGUUUAUUGCCUACAAACAGCGCAGCCUUUGGCAACACUGGGUAACGCUGCAGGAGAUUACACCUGCGUGAACUUAAGAGAUAGUCCUCCUUAUCUGGCUAUAACUGGAAACAAGGACAGGAAGGUGAGAGUGUAUGACCUAAGGACAAACACAGCCGUAAUAUCUCUCUAUGGCCAUCAACUUGGUGUGUCCUGCGUGCAGAUGGAUGACUGGAAGAUUGUCAGUGGUGGUGAAGAAGGGUUGGUUUGUGUAUGGGAACAGCGAAUGGGAACAAAACUCUGGGAAAUACAUUCUAGACAUCCUGUGCGGCACCUACGUUUUAAUGCACAUACACUGAUCACAGCAAAUAUACCCAAUGAGAAAUGCCCCAGAGGAGCUAGCAUUAUGGACGAUGACUUAACUGCUCAUCGGAGACACCGAGGAAUUAUUUACGUCUAUGACUUUUCAGUCAAUAAAUCAGCUCCAGUGAUACCCAUCUGUCGUUCAUCGUAUGAUGAAGAUGUUGGCUACAACUACAAUAUCGCACUUUCAAUGCCCUAUGACCAAAUAAAAUGAAUGUGUGUCACCUUAUGUGUAUAUUGGUCCCAUUAGAAUCGUACAGUAAUUCUGAAGUAAACUUGCAUUUCAUUAUGCAAGGAAAUGUCGAUUAACCAGAAGACAAAGGACAUUGGCGAGCCAAGUGAACUGAGAAAAACUCUGGCCUUGAAAUUCACAAAGGGCAUUUUCUGAUUUCCUGUCAAACUGCAAGUGACCAUUUUUAACCAUGUUUUUUGGAGUUUCUUGCUGCCUGUCUCAAAUGGACCCCUUGGUCAAUGGUAGAGGUCUUUGGCAUAAAAAAGAUUGGGAACCUCUGCUCAAAACAUUUUGUGAAAGACCUCAUCUUUACUUUCCAGUGUUAUUAUUUUAUUUGCUGUUCCCUUUUGUCAUUUGUUUCACAUGGUAAUUUGGAUAUUAGAAAAACGUUGAGGAGGAGAAGGGGCAGUUUCACAAACUUAAUUUGCAUAAAUCACAGGUUGGUGUAUUUGUAGAUUAAGAAGUGCAAAUAAUGUAAGGAAAUCUGAAGCUCUAACUGUUUUCAAGAAACAGCAAUAUGUUCUACAUUUGAUUUUUAAUAAAUUUCCAACAAUAUGAUUGACUCUUUUCUUAUAUUAGGUCUCCUAGAAAUUAAAUCCUGUCAGCAGUAACUUUAAGGUACCAACCUAACAUACUUUCAGUUUCCAGAUUUUGCAAUUUGAACAUUUAUUAGUCUGAUCAAAAGUGCUAAGAGGCAAGCUGCAUUCUGCCCUAACUUUACCAAGAAGGAUCCUUGGACGGUAAUAGUGUCUUGGUACUGUGGCUGAUUAUCUUUUUAUUCACUAGCAGGAUCAAGCUGUUAUUGACAAGGCCAGCAAUGCUGUAUAUUCAAAGAUACAAAGUACAUUUAUUAUCAAAGUGUGAAUACAGUAUACAACCCUGAGAUUUGUCUUCCUCACAGACAGCCAUGAAACAAAGAAAAGCAUCAAUCCCCCUUGUGCAAAAAAAACACAUAAACAUCAACAAAAAAAUGAGCAAAAAACAGAAUAUAAAACACAAAAUUGAAAGAUUCCAGGCAUAAUUGAGUCCAGCUCAGUGUUCAUUAUCUACAGGCCACCCCAAUUCAAAUUUGCCCAAAAUAUCAACAGGAAAAAGAGCAGCCAGAAGCACAUCAUAAUGUGCACUCCAGUCCAAUCCACAAACUGCAGACCCAGAACUUCCCAAUUACCAUUACUGCCUCCUACAACCAUUCCGUAGAUAAGAUGAAGGUAGGUAUUCCCAGGUGAUGGUGUUGUUAGUAGUAAGUUCAUAGCUUUGGACCAGAUAUUUCUGAAGGAACAGCAAUAUUUCCCUUCCAGAAUGCACUGUUACAUGGCUGAAGACUGAGGUGGUAUUCUAAUACAUCACGGUCCUCACCCUCCUUGGUGGAAGAGGUUGCAGAAUUAGGACUGAUGUCAGAGAAACUAUGCUGGAUAUUUGCUGUACAAGGGUAUACACACUGCAGCCUCUAUAUGCUGGGUGGUGGAAGGAGUAAAUAAAGUGGCAGUCAGUUGAACUGUUCUGUAUACACCUGCACAGUGGCAUAGUGGUUCGUGCAGUCACUUUACAGCACCAGUGAUCACCAAUCAGGGUUAGAUUCCCAAUUCAGUCUGUAAGGAAUUUGUACAUUCUCGUAGUGACUGCAUGGGUUUAGUCCGUAUGCUCCUGUUUACUCCCACAUUCAAAGACGUAUAGUUAAGAUUAGGAUUAGUGUUGGCGCUGGAAGUAUAGUUUCCGGCGGGCUGCCACACUACAUUUUCAGACUGGGUUGGUCACUGAUGCAAAAUAUCGCAUUUCACUGUACUGUAUGUUUUAACGAACAUGUGACAAAUAAAGCCAAUCUUUAAUCUCUUCUUUAAGGCUCAAACAUCGAGUGAUGUUAGAGUUGCAAGAAUACAGGGGACUGGAAAUCAUCCCAUCACAUUCCUGACAUGAGCCUUUAGAUCGGGGUUCCCAACCUUUUUUAUGACUUGGACCACUACCACGAACGGAGGUGUCAAUGGCCACCAACCUGCUCUGUAACAUAACAUCAACUGCACCUCUUCCUAGAGAUGCUGCCUGGCCUGCUGCGUUCACCAGCAACUUUUAUGUGUGUUGCUGUAACAUACCUUAUUUACAUGGAGAGUCACUGGUCACCCCUACCCAUCCUAUGGAAUUAAUGAUGAGGGUCGAUGGCGGUAAAGGUUUGGAGUGUAAAAAGAAGCGGGAUUAGCAUUGCCCGGCACCUGUGUGGUGCAGAUGUAAUCUGCCAACAAAUGUUAUUCAGGCCUAUUUUAUUGUCUGACCUUACAAUGGAGGGAAGGAUGAAGUAGCUCAGUUUAGGCUACAGCAAUUAGGAAGUUCUACGCCAGUGUUCUGAAAGAUGAAAUGACAGACAUCCAGCAACUGCAUGUAUCUUCCUUUGAGUUCAAUAUGGCUCCAGUCAGAGGGAAGUUAUUCUCUUAAUUUCAAAAUUCAAAGUAAGUUUAUUAUCAAAGUACAUAUAUGUUACCAUAUACAACCCUGAGAUUCAUUUUCUUACGGGCAUACUCAAUAAGUCCUUAAUAAAAUAAUAACCAUAAUAGAAUCAAUGAAAGACCACACCAACUUUGGCAUUCAAAUAGUGUGCAAAGGAAAACAAACAAAUAAGUAAUAAAUAUCGAGAACAUGAGAUGAAGAGUCCUUGAAAGUGAGUCCAUAGGUUGUGGGAACAUUACAAUGAAGUUGAGUGAAGUUACCCCUUUGGUUCAAGAGCCUGAUGGUUGAGGGGUAACAACUGUUCCUGAACCUGGUGGUGUGAGACCUGAGCCUCCUGUACCUUCUUCCUGAUGGCUCCAUUCAGCCUGAAUUUCCUUGCUGCUAUGCAUGGUCCUGUGUUGCAUUGUUGUUGAGUGUGUUUUUUUUUCCCGACAGCCUGCUCUUAUGUACACAUUUACAUGCAGUGGUCCUGGCAGAGAACCACAGACACAUUAUCCAUGAGUAAGUGCCCAUUGUAACCAAAUCUGAAGAUGUUUCCAUGGAAACAAUAUACCCAGGCAAUUUUCUUUCUUUCUUUUUAAAUCUUUUUAUUAAAUAAGUAUACAAAAAGGUAAGCCAUAUAGACACUAAUACACUGUUAGAAUAUAAUAAAAUUACAGAAGAUAUUAAUACAAAAAAGAUACUACAAACAAUGUAAUUUAAACAUAACAUACCAAGGUAACAUAAUAGUAUACUAAUUUUAUAUAUAUAUCAAUAGAGAAAAGGAAACCCCCCCCAAAAAAAAACCCACCGUGCAACUAACUAAAAGCAAAGCAAAGCAAUGGGCUAACUUGAAACCAAACAGAGUUAAACUUAAAAUCACGUCCUCAAUCCCGACCUCCAUUAAAAACAGUAAAAAAAAACAAGGGUAUAUAUUACAUUAAAUGAAAAUAUUGAAUAAAAGAUCUCCAAGUCUGUUCAAAUUUAAAUGAGGAGUCAUAAAGAUUGCUUCUAAUUUUCUCCAGAUUCAAGCAUAAUAUCGUCUGAGAAAACCAAAAAAAGGUAGUUGGAGCAUAAUUUUCAGCAUUGUCAGAUUAAUACCAGUAGUUUAACUGCGCCAUUGCUGCCAAGACUUCUAAGACCUUAAUACCCACAAGAUCACAAGAUAACACAAGAUUUGGGCAUAUUAAAGUUAAUUUAAUUAAUCCUAAAUUAAGUUAAUGAGCCCCACCUUGUGAUCAGAGCUAGGAUCUGUAUAACCGUAAUGCCUGCGGGCUAUGUAAUAUUUUACUGUGUAAUGAACCUUUGAAAUAGUUCCAUAAUUAGGUUCUUGUGGCUUUUUGGAUCUUUUCGUGGCCUUCAGUGUCAAACUUCCUGACAGUCAGUUGAGAAAAUGUGGGCCAUUUUUUAAAAAAUGGAUCCCUCAAUGUAAUUCAAAGAUUCAAAGUACAUUUACUGUCAGAGAAUAUAUAAAUUAUACAACGUUGAGAUUUUUCUGCUAACAGGCAGCCUCUUCUGGUUUAAGAUGGCACUACCAAAGGGGUGUGUGACAGCUUACUGGUGGUUUGGAGGUAAAGAAACUUGAUUGAAAACAUUACUAAUAUAAUUCUGAAUGGAAGUUUCUGUGAAUUUACUAUUGAGAGGCACUUAAAUCAAGCUUAGGAAUUGGAUAUCAUAUAAUUCCCUUGUAUCCCCUUUGCUCUGCAAGGUGCCAGCUUUGAGUAUUUUAUUUGGAUAAAAUACAAAUCAUAAAUUAGACUAGUUUAUCCAUUGGGUCCUAAUAUGCCAAAUAAAUUAUGGAACAUUUUUAGUUUUAUUCAUUUCCAGAUUUGUAUGUUGAAAACUUUCCUAUCCCUUUUGUUUACUUCCCCGCUUUAUGUCUCUACAACUUAAAAUGUAUUUCAAUCACAUUUUUCUCAGUUCCAAUGGCAGGUCAUUGACCCAAAAUAUUAACUCUUGCAAUUUUCUCUUCAACCUCUGCCUGAUCUCACUUUAGUUUGUAUUUUGGUACUGUAGCCCAUUUCUGAUAUGUUCUGUAGAUAUGAAGAAGCAAAUCACUCAGCAAGGAAUACCCAGAUACUAACCUCCCAUAUCUAUUUAGUGGGUUCAGUUGAGUUCCUCGUUAAUGAUAUACAUUUGAGUAUUUAAUUCACUAAUGAAUGUCAAGUAUAAGCAGUGCGAUAGUCUUGUUGGAGAUGGCCUUGUGGUGUGUGUAUGUGUGUGAGAGAGAGAUAAACUAUAACAAGUAACAAAUUCGCUACAAAUAGAAUAAUGUAAAUAAUAUUGAAAAUGUGAGGAUCUAAGGCUGGAAUUGCAGAUUAUCUGAAAUAAUUCAGCUCAGUAUUCAGUGUAGAAGAUGUGACAAGAAUACACAUAGGUUAAGAUGUAGCUUUUCCUGGGCUGGCACCAGUGGAAUCAGCAGUUGGUCUGCCACCUGUCUUCAGGAGAGAGAGAGAGAGAUAAGGAAAACAAUGGAGCAGCAUUUGGAGAUGUUAAUGAAGGAAGGAGAGCUGUCAAGAGCGGCUCACCCUUUGAACCCCGAACUGUUUGAAGUGAUGGACAGGCGAUACCCCAGCAGGGGGAUAAAAAGGGACAGGUUCGCUAAGGCAGGACACACGACACCUGAGGUAACAAGACCCUGGAAGCGGUGCGUCUCUCACAAGUCGGUGGGAAGUACUGGGCCAUAAACGCACAGAGUGGAAAGGCACGAUCGGCGGGAACCUGGUGUGUGUCCACCCUUGCUUGGGUGCCAGGUUCAGCGCAGGGAAACGAUCGUAUCUGGAAACGGAGGGGUCACGGUCAGUGACCUCAGAUGACAUCACAAAGGACUCGCCCGAAAGCUGACUGCGAAGGUCUGUGAGGAAGCUGUGUUGAAUAUUCAUUCGUUUUGCUCUCUCUCUCCCCCACCCCCCCCCCACUGUCCAUCGCCACGGCAGCGAUUACUGCGAACUGAACUGAACUUUGCGUCACUUUGAAACUGGACAUUUACCCCUAGACAACGAUAGAGCUUGAUUAAUCCUGUUAUCUUAAUUCUGUGUACAUGUGUUUAUCAUUGCUGAACUGUUGCAUUUAUUAUCCUUUUUGA